AGCAUUGGAAUCUUUGAGAUUUUAUAUAUAAGAAGAAAUAAACUAGAUUUUACUUAUAUAUUAAAAAGUAAAAAAAAAAGCUAAAUUAAUUUGAUUUUAAUAUUUUUAAAAACAAAGAUAUAUAAGGCGAGAAGAGGAACUGUAUAAGCGUUACAUCAGCGUGGUUUUGCUACCUAUCGUGAAUGGAACCGACGACGUCAAUACUGUUGGAGCCGAAGGCGGUGGCUCACGUAGAUGACCAUAGCCACAACAUAGUGAAUGUGGAUAAAGAGGAGGAUGAACAUAGCGAUUCCGGUUCACUGAUAACCGGCGUCGUUUCGGUCGGUGAUGCUAGUGACGACGAUGAUGGUGAUUUUGCGGUGGAGACGACGAAGUUGGAGCUGCCUGAGGAAUACGCAGAAAGCGUUAUGGUUCUAACGUGCGAUUCCACAGCUGAAGGCGGAUCCUGCCAUGUGUACUUGAUUGGCACGGCUCAUGUCUCUGAGGAAUCAUGUCGAGAAGUUGAAGCUAUAAUAAGCUUGAUGAAACCAGAGGUCGUCUUUGUGGAGUUGUGUUCAAGUCGAUUAUCUAUUCUCACUCCUGCUUUGAAGAUUCCGACGGUGCCGGAGAUGAUAGACAUGUGGAAGAAGAACCAUAACGCAUUCGGAAUAGCGUACGGAUGGUUUCUUGCACAGGUCGCCAGCAAGCUUGAUGUAUUACCUGGUGCCGAGUUUCGUGUGGCGUAUGAAGAGGCACACACAUAUGGUGGCAAGGUGAUUCUAGGUGAUCGUCCUGUACAGAUCACGUUGAAGAGAACGUGGGCUAAGAUGCCUCUAUGGCACAAAGUAAAGUUCUUGUACGGCUUAGUGUUUCAACCUGUCUUUCUCCCUAGCCCUGAGGAACUUAAGAAGAUGCUAAAAGCUAUGAACAAUGUGGAUAUGCUGACGUUGGUGAUUCAAGAAAUGAGCAAGGAGUUUCCAUCUCUCAUGGAUACACUUGUGCAUGAGCGUGAUACGUACAUGGCAUGUAUGUUAUCAAGAGUUGCAAGUGAGCAUAGCUCGGUCGUGGCAGUUGUUGGUAGAGGGCAUCUUCAAGGGAUCAAGAAGAACUGGAACCAACCUAUAAAGAUGAAGGAUCUGUUGGAGAUACCGAAGAAUGAAUCAAAAUAUACAGCUAAGUAUGUUCUCAAGUCGCUGACGGUUGCUGUCGUCGGGAUAGCUAUAGGCUCACGCUUGUAUCUUUCCACCAGAAGUUGAGUUACCUUCAAGGCAGAGAGAGUUUCUCAGGAGGGCAAUAAAAAUUAGGCCAAGUGUUAUGAUUAUAUAGAUUUUUAGUAACUAUUGUCAUGAUAUAUUAUUUAUUUUUGGUUUAGCGGUUGAAAUCAUUUCAUAAAAAUCUAGAAAUAAAAAAAAAUCUCUCCUCUCCCAUGUCUCCUCCAGUCUACUACUACUUUUUAAAAAUCUCGAAUUCUUUACCUGAAUCAUUUUUGUUCUAGGGCAUAAAAUAUGAAACCAAAAACUAGAACCAAUUCAAAAUAACCUGGUUUGGUUUUGCAUAUGGCCAAAUUCGCCAAUGUUUGCACAAGUACAAUUUUAUUUUUCUUAGAGGUUUGAAUAUUUUUUUAAGGUUUUGGAUAUUUCGCGUAAUAAUUAUCAUUCCUAAAUGAAUCCAAAUUCCUUGGAUUUAGUCAGUAUUAGUUCAG